AUCAAAAUUCUUCGGAGAACAGCGAUAUCAUUGUUUGAAAAAGAUCGCUUUGGUUUAUGAUCGUAUGCAUGGCAACGACUGAAAUUCACCAUAAUUCAGUUGGCUGAGACACUUUAGAAGAGUCAGUCAAGAAUAAUAAAUUUUUUCUGUCAAUAAUUUUUCUAGUAAUUAAAAAUGUUUGGACACUGCGUUUUAUUUUUGACUAUUUCUUGGUGCAUCUCAGUUCAUUGCACCAAUUUAAAUAUCAGCGAACCUAUUUCUCUAAAUCAUGACUGUAUUUGUGACAGCGGAAAUCAAUCUGUCCUAGAUCUUUCAAAUACCGGGUUGAUGCGUCUAAAGAAAUCUUUUGUGAACAGUUCUGUUAUAACGCAUUUGUAUUUAACUGAUAAUGAUAUUUGGGAAAUUGACGAAGGUGCAUUCGAUAGUCUGCCUAAUUUGGUUUAUUUAAAUAUGACCGGAAAUUUGAUUUCUUUUGAUCAAUUAAAUUUUGGUGAUCAGUCGAAAAUUGAGACAUUGGUUCUGGAUAAUGCGAUAAGAAAUCCGGCUUAUAAAACUUCUAAUGAUCGGAGUUCAAAUCAUCAGUGUAGUGGAGUGAAUUAUUUUAGAGAUGCAAGUUCAGAAAAGGUCAACAAGAUCGAGCUAAAAAAUAAUAUGAAGCUUCCGAAAUUAAAAAAAUUGUAUCUUCGUAAUAAUAACAUUGAAUCCAUAAAUGAAAAAAAUUUUGCAUCGUUGAAGGAAAUAAUGCCGAGUAUCACUCAUCUUAAUUUGGAAGAAAAUCGUAUUUCAUCAGUGAGUUUUAUCAAAUUUUUACCAUCAACUGUGACAGAUUUGUAUUUACAUAAUAAUCGUAUAUCUAAAUUUGAAAGCGUGUCUUUAAAUAAUUUAAAAAUUUUGACAUUAAAUGAAAACGAAGUAAAAAAUGUGUGUGGUAGCUAUGGAAAUUGUGAUGGAAUGAUAUUAAAAAGUGCUGUAAAUUUGGAAAUUUUGUCAAUUUCAAAAGUGGGACUUACAAAAAUAGAAUCAGAUUCAUUUGAAGAUUUAGGAAAUUUACUAAUACUGGAUAUGUCUUAUAAUAAAAUUGAUGAAAUUGUUAAACAUACAUUUGACAAUUUAACAAAAUUAAUGAUACUAAAGUUGGAUCACAAUGAAUUAGUUCAUUUACCUGACAUUUGUGGUUUAAAAAAUUUGGAAUCAUUUUCAAUUUCGCAUAACAAAAUAAAAAUAAUCGACAAAUCAAUUUCUUGUUUGACAAAAGUUAAAGAACUCAAUCUCAGCAACAAUAUUUUGGAUGAGAUAAAUUCAGAAGCAUUUAGCAGUUUUGUUGAAUUAGAAGAACUAGACCUUUCGGGAAAUAAGCUUGUGAUUUUGCCAGACAAUUGGAUUCCACUGAAAUCAAAUCUGCAGUACUUGCACCUGAACAAUAAUUUGUUUGCAAGUCUCGCAAGCAUGUCGCUAAUCGAAGCCAAAAAUUUGAAAUCUCUCAACAUCGGAAAAAAUCCAUUGAAAGUGAUAAAUAUCAAAAUAUUGAAGGCUUUACCAGAAAAUACAACAGUGGACAUUGAAAAAAUAGGCUGUGAGCAAUGUAAGGAUCCACCAGCCUUGGGAUCUCUUUCGCACUGUCAAUCUUGUCGGACCCGUUGCUAUAAUUUGUUUGGUCAUUUCGUUUUAUUUUUAACUAUUUUGUGGUGUAUUUCAGUUGAUUGCAUCAAUUUUAAUAUCAGGAAACAUCAAUCUGUGCUAGAUCUUUCAAAUACUGGACUAACGCGUCUGAAAAAAUCUUUUGUGAAGAGUUCUGUUAUAACGCAUGUGUACUUAACUGAGAAUGAUAUUUGGGAAAUUGACGAAGGUGCUUUUGAUAGUCUGCCUAAUUUGGUUUAUUUAAAUUUGACUGGAAAUUUGAUUUCGUUUGAUCAAUUAAAUUUUGGUGAUCACUCGAAAAUUGAGACAUUGGUUCUGGAUAAUGCGAUAAGAAAUCCAGCUUGUAAAAUUUCUAAUUCUCGGAAAUCGAAUUAUCAGUGCAGUGGAGUAAAUAAUUUCAGAGUAGUAAGUGCAGAUAAGCCCAAUACGAUCGAGCUUAAAAGUAAUAUGAAACUUCCGAAAUUAAAAAAAUUGUAUCUUCGUAAUAAUAACAUUGAAUCCAUAAAUGAAAAAAAUAUUGCAUCGUUGAAGGAAAUAAUGCCGAGUAUCACUCAUCUUAAUUUGGAAGAAAAUCGUAUUUCAUCAGUGAGUUUUAUCAAAUUUUUACCGUCAACUGUGACCGAUUUAUAUUUACACAAUAAUCGUAUAUCUAAAAAUGUGUGUGGUAGCUAUGAAAAUUGUGAUGAAAUGAUAUUAAAAAGUGCUGUAAAUUUGGAAAUUUCGUCAGUUUCAAAAGUGGGACUUGAAAAAAUAGAAUCAGAUUCAUUUGAAGAUUUAGGAAAUUUACUAAUACUGGAUAUGUCUUAUAAUAAAAUUGAUGAAAUUGUUAAACUUACAUUUGACAAUUUAACAAAAUUAAUGAUACUAAAGUUGGAUCACAAUGAAUUAGUUCGUUUACCUGACAUUUGUGGUUUAAAAAAUUUGGAAUCAUUUUCAAUUUCGCAUAACAAAAUAAAAAUAAUCGACAAAUCAAUUUCUUGUUUGACAAAAGUUAAAGAACUCAAUCUCAGCAACAAUAUUUUGGAUGAAAUAAAUUCAGAAGCAUUUAGCAGUUUUGUUGAAUUAGAAGAACUAGACCUUUCGGGAAAUAAGCUUGUGAUUUUGCCAGACAAUUGGAUUCCACUGAAAUCAAAUCUGCAGUCCUUGCACUUGAACAAUAAUUUGUUUACAAGUCUCGCAAGCAUGUCGCUAAUCGAAGCCAAAAAUUUGAAAUUCCUCGAUAUCAGGAAAAAUCCACUUAGAGUGAUAAAUAUCAAAAUAUUGAGGGAUCUUUUCGAAAAUACUAUAAUAGAUAUUGAAGAAAGCGGCUACGAGCAAUGUGUUGUCGUUAAGGGAUAUUGUGAAAAAAUGACGGUGAUCAAUGUGCUGCUUUUAAUUUUAAUGUACAGUGUCUUAGGUUACUAUGUUUUGUAUCCGUCCAACAGACAAGACACUAAAAUAGUUUAUGUAUCAGAUUUUGUUAAUUUUGAAAAUCCAGAGAUUGAAGAGAAUAAAACCGAAGAUGUUUCUAAUUUAAAAAAAAAUAAGAAGAUAUCUAUUUUAGAUUUAUCAAAUACUGGAAUAGUUAAUUUAAAAAAAUCUUUUGCCAGCAGUUCUGUUAUAACAAGAAUCAAAUUAUCUGACAAUAACAUUUGGAAAAUUGAAAACUAUGCUUUUGAUUCUUUACCAAAUUUAAAAUCCAUAGAUUUGACUGGAAAUUUGAUUAAAUUUGAUCAAUUAAAUUUUGGCAAUCAUACAAGAAUUGAAACACUGAUUUUGGACCGAGCAAUAAGAAAUGAAGAUCGUUCUAAUUAUUCUUAUCAUUCAAAUGACGAGUGCUCUAAAGCUCAGACUUACAGGGAACAAAGUUUGAGUUUCAAUAAUACAAUCAAACUUACAACUUCUCUCAACUUACCCGGAUUAAAAAAGCUUUAUUUGCGUCAAAAUAAUAUUGACUUGAUUUAUUUGGGAGAUAUCAAAUCGCUGGGAGAUAUAAUGCCCGAAAUCAGUCACCUGCAUCUAGAUGACAACAGACUUUCGUCAUUGGAUUUCAUAAGAUCCCUUCCAUCGUCUUUGUCUCAUUUGUAUUUGACUAAUAAUGAGAUAUCAAAUUUUGAAAGUUAUUCUUGGAUAAAUUUAAAAUUUUUAACGAUCGAUGGAAAUAAAAUUAAAAAUUUGUGUCGUAGUUAUGAAAACUGUGAAGGAAUGACUUUAAUAAAUGCAGUAAAUUUGCGAACACUAUCAGUAUCAAAUGUUGGACUUGAAGAAAUUGAAUUGGAUUCAUUCAUAGACUUGGUGAAUUUACGUCAUUUAAAUAUGUCUCAUAAUAAAAUAAUUGAAAUUGUAAAUCAUACUCUCAAUUAUAUGACAAAUUUGAAGACUCUCGACCUUGAUCACAACAAACUGGUAACCGUUCCCGACAUUCUUGGUCUUAAGAAUUUGAGAAAUCUUUCUCUAGCCCACAAUAAAAUAGAAACUAUCGGGAAAUCGGACUUCCUUCGUCUUGCAAAUCUUCAAAAAUUGAACCUCAGCUAUAAUUUGGUGCAUGGAAUUGACGCAGAGUCAUUUAGUACUUCAGCUUCACUUACAGAGCUGGACCUUUCCGGAAACAGACUUGAAGUUUUGCCCAGCGGUUGGCUUUCAUCAAACUCAAACUUGCGUUAUUUAUGUUUAAAAAAUAAUUUGUUCAAAAGUUUUGAAAGUUUGUCGUUAGCCGAUAAUGAAAAUGUAAAAUAUUUGUACAUCAGUGGAAAUCCAUUUAAAUCGAUAAAUAGACAAUCGUUGAUGUUUUUACCAGUUAACGUAAUUAUGGAUAUUCGUAAAAUAAUUAGUGAAUUAUCGGAUAUGUCAGAAUCCUCUUCAUGUUUGUCAGUGUUAUCUUUCCCGCUUGCAUAUCUAUGCUAUGCCAUUUUAUCAUAUUACUAUUUAUGUCCAGCAAUUUUUCUGCUGUUGUGCAUUUCAAUAGUGCGCGGGGAAACGGAUUUUUUUUUCGAUUACGACGACUAUCUGGUUGGUGAGAGUGACAAUGAGAAAACAUUAGAUCUUUCAAACUCGGGAAUAGUCCGUUUACAUAGAAAUUUUAUAAACAGUUCUGACAUAACGCACGUCAAUUUGAUGAACAAUAGGAUUAGCCAAAUUGCAAAUGGCGCCUUUGAAGGAUUGCCGAAUUUGGUUCAUCUAAAUUUAUCACAAAAUGGAAUACCGUAUGGGCAAUUGAAUUAUCUUGCUCAUUCUGCUGUUGAAACACUAGUUUUAGAUGAAGGUUUUACAAUGUUAGGAGCUGGAGGCAGUAGUAGUAUAAUUUUUACAAAAUCACUAAAGUUACCAAAAUUAAAAACGAGUGUGUCGUUAAGUGACAUCAUGCCGAGUCUCACUCAUCUCUAUCUUAGUGAAAAUAGUAUCCCAUACACGAAUCUUCUAGUCAGCAUGCCAUCAAAUCUAACGCAUGUGUAUUUAGAUAAUAACAAACUUUCGGAAUUUAGAAGUUACUCUAAAAAUAAUAUCAAAAUUUUAAAGAUUCACAACAACAAUAUUGAAAAAUUGUGUGGAAGUGUUGGCUCCUGCAUAGGACUGAAAUUAGAAAAUUUCGUGAAAUUGGAAGUGCUGAGAAUUUCAAACACGGGGCUCUCCUACAUUACACCUGACGCAUUCAAAGAUAUGGGAAAUCUGCGUCGUUUGAAUAUGUCUGUCAAUAAAAUUUCCGACUGUCACAAAUAUGCAUUAUUUUAUUUGGGAAAUUUAACUACUUUUCAACUGGAUCAUAAUGAAAUGACACAUAUGCCGUACCUUUGUGGCCUCGGAACUUUGGAACAAUUAUCACUUUCAUACAAUAAAUUAAUUUCUUCAAAUUUUGAAAGUUGUUCUUUGCCUAAUUUGAAAAAGUUGAAUCUCAGUAACAACGCUUUGGCUAAUAUUGAUCCUUUUUUGCUUAGUAAUUAUUCAUUUUUUUGUUCAUUUCAAAAGCCAGGAAUGUUUAUUCGAAGUAUUUUAUUUUUUUUCAUUUUAUGGUUCAUUUCGGUGGACUGUAAAAUCGAGCAUUGGUCAGAUGAAAACGACUCUAAUGAAAACGUUAACGGAACUGUAUUAGACCUUUCAAAUACGGGAAUAAUGCGACUGAAAAAAUCUUUUGUGAACAGUUCGAUUCUAACACACGUUUAUUUAACGGAUAAUAAUAUUUGGAAAAUAGAAGAAGGCGCAUUUGAUGAUUUACCGAAUAUGGUUUAUCUAAAUUUGAGUGGAAAUAUAUUUCCGUUUGAAGAAUUAAAUUUCGGUGAGCAUUCAAAUAUUGAAACGUUGGUUUUGGACAAGGCGAUAAAACAACACAAUGAUUUGGAUUACUAUGGGUCUAUUGAUGACUGCGGCCGAGUGCAAAAUUACCGAGAGCAAAAUCGAAAUAUCCAGAAUGAAUUUACGAUGUCAAUUUCUGUUAAAUUACCAAAAUUAAAGAAAUUAUACUUACGCCAGAAUAAUAUUCACUCGAUAAGUUUGGAUGUUUUUACGUCUUAUAACGAGAUCAUGCCAAAUGUAACUCACAUGUAUCUCAGCGAAAAUAGUAUCGCGUCUGUAGACUUCAUUGAUUAUCUUCCAUCAACGUUAACUCAUUUGUAUCUCGAUUAUAAUGCGAUAGUAGUUUUUGGAUCUGUGUCUUUUAAAAAUUUAAAAAGUUUAACACUCGAUGGCAAUCAAAUCCGCAAUUUGUGCAAUAGUAAUGAAUACUGCGACGGAUUGACACUGAAAGGUGCAACUAAUCUUGAAACUUUAUCUGUUUCGCAAGUGGGUCUUCAAGAAAUUGAAUCAGAUGCAUUCGAUAAUUUGGGAAAAUUAAGGCAGUUAGACGUUUCUCACAACGCAAUCCACAGAAUAUUCAAACAUACAUUCGAUAGCCUGACAAAUUUAACGGAAUUGAAGCUGGAUCACAAUGAACUUCUCACUAUGCCGGACCUUUGCAGUCUCAAGAGUCUGAAAUAUUUAUCAGUAUCGAAUAAUAAGAUACAUUUGAUAAGCAAAUCAUCUUUUUGCAGUUUAUCAAAACUCAAGGUAUUAAAUCUCAGUAAUAAUGCAUUGAAUGAAAUAGUUGCUGGGUCAUUUGACGAAUUGGCGGCGUUAGAAGAGCUUGACCUUUCGGAGAAUGAAAUUGUUACUUUACCUGAUAACUGGUUGUCUGAAAAACUGAAUUUACAGAGUUUGUAUUUGAAUAAUAAUUUGUUCGUAAGUCUUUCCAGUUUAUCUUUGACCAGAAGCAAGAAUCUUAAGUACGUAAAUAUUGGAGGAAAUCCAUUGAGAUUGAUAAAUAUUAAGGUAUUGACGGCUUUACCGGAGAAUACAACAGUAGAUAUCGGAAGUAUAGGCAUUGCACAGCCGGUCUUGGGAUCGUCUUCACAUUGUGAAACUUGUCAACUCUUUUGCCCGAAUCAUCAUGGAAAAUAUUUUUCAUAAUACUGUAAUUUCAUGAUAUUGCAUUUUGUAUUCAAUUUUUUACUCUUAUCUUUAUAAAUAUUAAGAUGUUUUAAAUAAAAAAAAUUAUGUUACGCACCAUUUACAUUUCAAAUAUUCUUCAAUAAAAAUUUAAAAUAUU